UCUUACAUAGAUUAUCAUUGAGAACAAUCUCAACAUACAAACAAUUAGAUUCAAAUGCACAUGGGUUGAAACCAAAUGUUCUGAACCCAUUACACUCUAAUAGAUAGGACAUUCAAUUCAUUUUCUAUGAAAGUUCUAACAAAAACUAAUCACAAUUGUGUUGUUAGAGAAUAUUGGCAUUGAUUUCUGUAAGUUUUUAAAGCAUGGCACUAUGUAUUGGAGGGUCAUGCAUCAGAAAUUGAUUUCUGGUUCCUUCGUAGUGCUAUUAACAAUUUAGUCCUCAAGUUUGAGAUUUCAUAUCAAAAAUCAUUAUGAUCCUAAGUGUCUCACAUGACUUAAGUAUAAUCUUAACCAUGUAAGUCGGUUUUCAAGGGUGAGUUUUACCCAAAUUUUAUAUCAUUUGGUAUCAAAGUUAGCUACCACGUUGAAUAUGGGAUCAAACGCAAUUCAUUGAAUAUGGGAUCGAAUGACUUGCAGCUUUGUGCACAAGUCACAUAGGGAGCAACCUAUAGGCUGGAUUAAAAUGUCUUGGUACUAUGUAUGAGCAUAAUAUUAAGUAAUUUAAUAUUGAUAGAUGAGUGAAACCGCCAAAAGAAAACUGGUUAUCAUUGGGUCAAUGUAGACGUCGGUUGCAGAGCGUGGUUAUAUGUUAUGAUCCCAAGUAUCUCACAUAACUUAAGUACAAUACUAACAAUGUGUAUGUAAACUUUCUGACACCCUCCCCUUGUAAGCUGAUUUUCAAAUGUAAGUUACCCAAAGUUUCUAUCAAAAACACUUUUCACAUUUUUAAAUAAAAUAACGAUUGGGGAAUAUAAGAAGUAAUAAAGUAGGGGAUGAUUUUAGUGAAUGCUUAUCACAUCUAAAUUAGUAGGACAACAAAGUUGCAAAUGUGGCCACUAGAUUUUACAACACUAGUGGCAUAGCCACUUUCUAAGUUAACCAAUCAAUUUCCUUUGAUAUUCUAUUGUUUUGCAUAUAAAUCACCACUAUGCCCCAAGUACAUGUAAUAGGAAUCAGAAAUUCACAGCAACUUGUCCAUGCUCACAAGCUAUGGGUCAAAAACUCUUCCCCUGUUUCACCUUAUGUUUAAUUGUGUCUUUGUCUCCAACCAUUUAUAGGUAUCCCCUUGUUUAUAGCCAACUUGAUUACAAUUUCUAUGCCAAUUCUUGCCCUGGCUUGCCCUGGAUUGUCAGCAAAGGGGUUCAGUCAGCUGUCAAUAAUGACUACAGGAUGGCUGCAUCCCUACUUCGGCUGCACUUUCACGAUUGUAUUGUCAAUGGCUGUGAUGCGUCAGUUCUUCUUGAUGCCACAAUAGAUUUCACAGGUGAAAAGAAUGCUCCUGCCAAUCGCAAUUCACUUAGAGGUUUUGAAGUCAUCGACAAUAUAAAGGCUGAAGUUGAAAGAUAUUGUCCAUUAACUGUUUCUUGUGCUGAUAUAUUGACUCUUGCAGCAAAAGAAGCUGUUUCUAUGGCUGGAGGGGUUUACAGUUCCUGGCCUGGUCCAAUUGGCCGACGAGAUGGAACAACACCAAGAGAGAAGGGAGCUGGUUGGGGUUACAAUAGGGGUUACAAUUUCUGGCUUGUUCCAUUAGGCCGGCGAGAUGGAACAACAGCAAGCGAGGAGGCAGUUAAUGAACAAAUACCAUCACCUUUUGAGCCUCUACAGAAUAUCACUGCCAAGUUCACAUCAAAGGGUCUUGACUUGAAGGAUGUUGUAGUCCUCUCAGGAGGACACACCAUAGGUUAUGCCCAAUGCUUCGCCUUCAAGAGGAGACUCUUUGACUUCCAAGGCUCCGGCAAGCCGGACCCUACACUCGACUCUUCGCUCCUCUCAAACUUGCAAAGCACAUGCCCCAACGGAGAUGCAUCAAAGACCAAUCUUGCUCCUCUUGAUGUCACAAGUUCUAACAAGUUUGACAAUUUGUAUUACACAAACCUCAAAAGCAACAAGGCGCUUCUUGAGUCUGAUCAAGCUUUAAUGGGGGAUCCACAGACUGCUGCAAUGGUUGAAAGUUAUAGCAUGAACCCACUUAUAUUUUAUAAUGAUUUUGUAGCAUCGAUGAUAAAGCUCGGUAAUGUUGGGGUGCUCACUGGGGAAAAUGGGGAAAUUAGGAAGAAAUGUGGCUCUGUGAAUUAAGUACUUUAGUCAAUGUAAAAGGCCAAUGGCUUACUAAAGUAGUUUAGUCUUGUUAUGUAUGUGUCAUGAAGGCUGAUAUACAUUGUAUGGAUGACCAAAUCCAAGUAUAAAUGGGCAUUUGAAUUUCAACGUCCACAAUGAGUCAC